AUGUCUACAUUUAAUCCUGCAACGGAUAUCCCGUCCUUGACCGGCAAAGUCAUUUUGAUUACUGGCGCCAACACUGGCAUCGGCAAGGAGACCAUCAUUUCCCUCGCGAAGCACAACCCAGAUAAGAUCUACCUCGCAUCUCGUGAUAAAGGUAGAGCAAAUCAAGCGAUCGAUGACAUUCAGAAGGCAGUCCCGGGCGCCCCAAUCGAAUUUAUUCCGCUCGAUCUAGCAUCCUUGGACUCGGUCCGAGAUGCAGCAGCCACAUUCCAUGCACGAAGCAACCGACUUGAUAUACUUAUCAAUAAUGCCGGCAUUAUGGCUGUUCCUUCUGGUAAAACCAAAGACGGCUUUGAAAUUCAACUUGGCGUCAAUCAUUUGGGCCAUUUCUUUCUUACUAAGCUUCUGCUCCCAACCCUCCAGAAUACAGCCGCCCAAGCGAGUUCGCCAAUGGAUGUCCGCGUCGUCAAUCUCUCUUCGAUGGCAUACGCCUCUACACCCUCUGAUGGGAUUCAUUUCAAGAAUCUGAAUGUGGGACGCAAACCAUGGGAUGUAUGGAUGCGAUAUGGUCAAAGCAAACUUGCGAAUGUUCUUUUCACUAAAGAACUUGCUGGUCGUCAUUCUGAAUUCACCACAGUUGCUGUCCACCCUGGUUUCAUCAAUAGCGAUUUGUGGAGUACUCAUUGGACUGCUCAGUUCACCAGGUGGAUGUUCAACGGGACAUGGUUAACAGUAGAGAGCGGUUCUCAUAAUUCAUUGUGGGCUGCCACUUCACCAGACGUGAAGAGUGGUAAUUUCUACUUCCCGGGUGGCAAGCUGGAAAAUGGAAGCAAACAUUCUAACAAUCCCAAGCUGGCUAAGGCAUUAUGGGAUUGGUCUGAACAAGCCGUGGAAAAGUUCCAAGAUUUCCGUCGUUAUGGCUUGUCUUUCUUCGAGUGUAGGCUCGGCAAAUCAGGUCUCAAGGUCUCCAAAAUAAUCUUCGGUUGCAUGAGUUAUGGUAACUCUGAAUGGGGAAAAUGGGUUCUAGAUGAGGAAGCAACUUUGCCUCUGCUCAAAGCGGCUUAUGAUGCAGGCAUCAAUACAUGGGACACAGUGGAAAUCUAUUUAAACGCCCAAUCUGAAGUGAUCGUCCGAAGGGCAAUCGAGAAAUUCAAUAUUCCCAGCGAACGGCUGCUUAUCCUGACCAAAUGUUUCGGUGCGGUGGAUGAGGAAAAUAUGAGCAAUCGCUAUGGACUGAGUCGGACGCAUAGCUUUGACUCAGUUGAAGCAAGUAUUCACCAUCUGGAUCCGGAUGUCGAGAUGGAGGAAACUUUGAAAGCUUUGGUUCAAUCUGGAAUGGUUCGAUAUCUUGUUGCGUGGUUGGUCUGGGUUAAAAUUACUUUCCUGAACAACGCCGAUGAAUAA